AUGCAAUCCUUCACCAUCCUCAUCGCCGCCCUCUUCGGCACCCUCGCCGCCUCCAGCGCUCUCCAGCCCACCUGCACCAACACCGUCACCCACCUCCCCGCCUGCUGCCCCCCGGUCUCGGCCUACACCGCGACCGAAUACUCCGCAUGCUCGGGCUGCGCCUUGACGACCACGACCCGCGGCCCUCAAUGCCUCGUCGCCUGCGGGACCAAGACCAGCACCGUCUCCGCGACCACGACCAUCACCGCCUGCGCCACCUGCACCUCCACCUCGACCGUCUACCAGCCUGCGUGCCGCGGCUGCGUCAUCACCAAGUCCGCGGAGACGACCACACAGAGCAUCGACUGCAAGGGCUGCGUGGUUGAGACCGAGACCAAGGUUGUCGGUGGGGUUUGCGCACCGGUCUGCAUCGGCGGCAUCAAGACCACCACCCUCCCCGGUACCUCCACUAUCACGGCCUGCGCGGCGUCCAUCAAGCACAACCCCAAGAAGCCCGUCGCUACCGCCUCCAAGCACUAG